CAUUUCCCAGUAAUGGAGAAACUGUGUAACCAAAUAGAGGGCAGCGCUCAAGAUAAUAAAUAUUAGAAUAAAAGAAGCGCUUUUAUUUCACAUAUGACAAAAUGUCGGUGGCAUUUUCAUCGGCGCGCCCCAGGAGUAAAGGGGAGGUGACACAGCAAACGAUUCAAAAGAUGCUUGAUGAAAAUCAUCAUUUAAUACAAUGUAUAAUGGAUUACCAAAGCAAAGGAAAGACAGCCGAAUGCACACAGUAUCAGCAGAUCCUGCACAGAAAUCUUGUUUACUUGGCCACAAUAGCAGAUUCAAAUCAGAACAUGCAGUCACUACUACCUGCGCCUCCCACUCCCAGUAUGUCAAUGGGUCCUGGAGGGAUGGGUCAGAGUGGGGGACAUGCUCCAAACAACCUCAAUGACAACAUGGCACCGGGACUGCCCCCCACAUCCAUGAUUCAGAGCCAAAUGAGCAAUGGCCCCAGCCAUGCCCCCAUGCAGCAGCAGUCUGGUCAGGUGCAGUCGGCAAUUCCCUCCACAUCCCUCAGCCUGCCGGCCAGCAGCUACAACAGCUCGGCCUCAGCCCCCGGCUACAGCCAUGCUGCACCUUCCUCCCAGGGCAGCAUGAUCCAGGGCCCUGGUCCUGGCUAUGGCUCUUCCUCCUCUUCCACAUCCUCAUCCUCCUCUUCCUCCUCCCGCAGCAACCUCAACAUGCAGUCCAACCAAGUCUCCAUGAUGCACCAACAAUCUGCCGCUCCGCACUACUCUUCAGCCCAGGCUGGGGGCCAACACUAUCAGGGACAGCAGGCCAUGGGCAUGAUGGCUCAGGGCAGUCAAGGAAAUAGCAUGAUGUCUCAGAGGCCCAUUGGAUCCUACCGCUCCUCACAGCAAGGAUCUGCACAGCAGUACAUGGGACAAGACGAGUUCUACGGAGAGCAGUAUGGACACACUCAGAGCUCCAGCGAGCCCAUAAACCAGCAGUAUUACCCCGAUGGUCACGGGGAGUACUCUUAUCAGCAGUCCUCAUAUGGUGACCAAGGCUACGACAGGUCCUUUGAUGAAUCUUCACAGCAUUACUAUGAAGGAGGUAACUCACAGUACAGUCAACAGCAGGCCCAGUAUCCACAGAGCUCUGGCCAGCAGCAGCCCUUCAGCCAGCAGCAGUACUCCUCUCAACAAGGCUACAGCAGUCAGCCACAGGGAUACGGACCUGGCCAGGGUGGAUCCUCUCAGUAUUCUCAGUAUCAACAGGGUCAAAGCCAACAGUAUGGCUCCUACCGCUCCACCCAGGGAGGCCCUGGAGCACAGACGCAGAGGCCCUAUGCCUAUGAACAGGGUCAGUAUGGAAAUUAUCAGCAAUAAAGUACCACACUGUUGGCCUGCUGGAUGAAAAUGAGAUGUGCUGUGCUCAGCUGUGGAUUAGAAGAUCUGGCUGCAUCAGAUUUAUUAUCCUCUCAUUAAUCAUUGUUUUUGCUGAGGAAAAAAGUAGUCAAAUAUGAUGCUUUUUUUUAAUCUGUUUUGCUCGCUACAAGGUUGUAGCUGGUAGAUGAAGACGUGAAGUGCUGUUGGUCCUAUUGGCCUACGUCAGGGUGCUUGUAGAAUCAAGGCAGUUAAUACAAACUUUCCAUACAGAUUAAUGGAGCAGUAAAGUCAUUAGAUAAGCCUCAGUAACCUGCCUAUAUGCUUUUUUUUGUCUUGUCUUUAUCGUUUUCCCUGCUUUUAUUGUUUAUUUUGUUUUACAAGCCUCUUUUAUUUAUUCUUUUUUGGUGCACAGAGCAGGUCCAUGGUUUGUAAGACUGUGUAUAAAAAGCAAAUUGGCCUUGAGGGAAGUGCUCUUUGAUAUUUAUCUAAUAGACUAGGUCCAGCUUUUGCUUUAAUUCCUGGUAAAAACACUGUUAUAGCUCACGAUAAGGGAAAUUAAUUUUAUGAAGGUGAAAACGUUGGUCCUUAAACCUGACUUGAUCAGGGGGGUUUGUCUGUGUUAGUCAAACUGUGAUGUGUUGCUGUGUGGUCUAACAUUAUGUGUUUUCACUCUCUACAUAUGUCUUACUGAGGUAAUUAACACAAUAGAUAGAUGACUGAUCAAUACCUAAAAGUGUUUAUCAUUGUCCAUGAUAAUCAUACAUUGUGGUAGAAUUUUUGACUUUGUAUUUUCAGUGGCAUUGCUUUGCACAGACAUACAUUAUAGUUAUUGUGCAGAGUUGAGAGGUGUUACACUACUCUGAUGCCAUUCAGUAAGGAUUUUACAUAAAAAGACAUUGCCACUUUGUCUGCACUUUAUUUUGCAGUGACAGUAUAUGUAUUGUUUGAUAUAUUUGUAUUGUAGUGCAAUUCAGGCAUUUUUUUUUAACAACUGAUCCUCAAAAAGCCAAAGUAACACAGGAACAGAACAGUAACGUGUCCUGCACCUCUACUUCAAUAAGUGCAAUACACUUACACUGAACUUACACUUUGCAUCAUUAUUUGUAGUUUCUUGACAUAUAAUGAUGGGAAAGACUAUGGUUGGUUUGUCUUAUGUUAUUAAAUGUUAUGUUGGGGGUUCAACUGACAUGUCAUGUUUGAGAAAAUUAUUUAUCUGAUUUAUGAACAGAUUAUGCAUAGUCUUUCAUCAUGAACAUAAAGCAUACUACAUACUUUUUUCUGUGAAAAUUUUAUCAUAACCUAAUUGUACUAAAUGAAGGAAAUAAUGUUAAAGAUAAGACAAAGGGUGAUUUUUACUUUUGAGAUGGUGUAUAAGCACACUUGCCUUAUUUUACAUAUUUGUUUAGUUCGCUAUCUAUCUAUCUAUCUAUCUAUCUAUCUAUCUAUCUAUCUAUCUAUCUAUCUAUCUAUCUAUAUCUGUCUAUCAUUUGUGUGUGAUUACAAAUUUGGCAUACAUUAUGUUUUUUUAUUUAUCUAAAAGAAGUCAGACACACCUCUGGUCAUUUCAGUAAUCACAGUCUACAGUUUAAUCAGUAAUAAGGAUUAAUAGUGUGACUGUUAGGGUUCAGCUUUGCAGUAUAUCCUGUUGUAACUCAACUUACCUCAGAGGGGUAAAUAAACACAAUAGUUGCAGUCAUUUUGCAGGGUUAAUCAAGAAUGGGAGAUACCUGGCUGUCAAACAGCUAAAUAACUAUGUACCACUCAACAGUGACAAUCACAGGCUUCUCUAUACUACAAUGAAUCUGUGUCAGUGUUUCAUUUUACUGUGACCUGAACAUGUAUGACAAGUCUUUUUCCAGUUGUCUGUAGUGUGUCAUCACUGAUGUGGGUGGUACACCUUGUGUGUGUGUGUGUGUGUGUGUGUAUGUAUGUAUGUAUGUAUGUAUGUAUGUUUGUUUGCAUGUAUGCCAGAGAGAGUGAAAGAGACAGUGAGCAAGAGGAAGUCAAGUUUGGUGUGUAUAAUCCAAAUAUGAAUGUUAUCUACUUAUUUAUUGUAAGACUGCAUUGCCUGAUCUUUUCUGCUGUCUUUUGUUACUGUUUGUUAUAUAAAAAUAAACUGACAUUCACCUUU